UCAGAGAUUUGUUAGCUCGACUCCAGAAAUGUAAAGGGUUUAAAAUAUGUAAAUCCAUAACCUAGCACUUGGUAAAUCAACCUAUACACCAUUGAUCUAUCUGAAGAACUUGGUAUGAGCAUGGGAUACACCGAGUAUAUGGAUCCAAAAAGAGGUAAUGCAUCGCCAGGCCCAGGCCACAGUCUGACUGGACAACCCAGAGGACAGAUGAGUUUAAAAAGCAGCCCGUUCUGCCCUCGGUCGUCGAGCAGACUAACUCAGUGCAUUAUUCAAGACCAUAUGGUGUCCCAUUAUAAAAAGGUGUAUUCAGCUAAAGCUGCCAUUGAUUCAUCAGUACCCAAAAGUAUGCUAAGCAGUGUAAAAUACAAUGACCAGUUACGGCGGGAGCAGUUGAGGAAAGAUGUGUCCAGGUCUGAUAGACGGCCUCAGUCAGCUGGUUCACACUCACAGAGGAGCAGCAGAGCCAACACCAAAGCCUCCUGCCCAUCACAAAAUACCCAAAGUGGAGCAGGUCAAGAAAGUGCCUAUUUCUACCUGGGAAGCUCAAUGAUUUCCACCCCAAGAAUCAACACCUCCUUUCACGCCAAGCAAAUAGUUUACCCGCCCCAAAUGGUCGGCGGGUCUGGGAGCCCCCCGCACUUCUUCCACUGUGCAUCAGAAUACAGCUAUAGGAGCCCAAACUCCCAGAGGCAGCAGCCAGCCCGCUCCUGCGCCACCACAGGUACCCAGAGUGGCUACAAGGCCUUUCAGGACCCUGUCCAGAAGACCUACAGUGGGGACCUGAUUCAGAAACACGCCCACCGCUUCACCCAGGACAAGCCCUUCACUCCCAGGACUCUGAAGUCAGACAGCAGGUCCUAUCUGUCUCGGUAUCGCUACUACACACCUCCUCGCGGUAAACCAGCCCAGGACCAGGAGAGGACCAUCCCCAGACUGACACGGCAGGAGACCUAUCAUGGAAGCACACGAACCAAGGAAUGCUCAUCGGCUGAAUGGGAUGAUCAACCCCUGGGACAUGGUACAGAGCAUGAGUGGUCAGAUGCAGACGAUGAGUCCCAUACACUGAAUCUGUCAGUAUUUGGACAACGAAGCAAGGGAAACAAGAGCGGUUUCACCAGAAGGAAUGACAUCUCCUAUCAUGAAGAGGGUGUCUGCAGAGACAUGAGAGACCUUGUAGCUACAGUGUAG